AUGGGGCAGGUUGUUGGCGCGAUUGUCUUUCCUCCGUGGUCCGAGUGCUUUGGACGCAAAAAACUAUAUUUUAUCAGCAGCACCGGUAGUGCGUUAUGCUGCCUGAUCAUUGGGGUCGUUCAUUCCUUGGUCGCCGUGGUCAUCUGUCGCAUCGUGGGAGGGUUCUUGAGUGCUAUCCCAUACACUGUUGGCAGCGGCAGCAAUGAGGACAUGUUCAACUCACGAUCUCGCAUCUGGACCACAUUUCUCUGGACCAUUGCCUCAAACGUCGGUCUUCUAAUCGGCCCAAUUAUCAGCAUCCUUGUUGUUGAAAACCUACAUUGGCGCUGGGUAUUUUACAUAUACACGAUCAUCCUCGCUGUCAUGAGCGCGUUCUUCCUCCUCAUCCGGGAAUCACGUCCCGCCCUGCUCCUGGCCCAGGAGGUCUCACGCAUCCGCCACGAAACGGGCCACGACAGCCUACAGCCUCUGAACCACGACCACUCCCCUGACCUCCGCACCUUCAUCAAAGCCUCGCUGUUCCGACCGCUGCAGCUCUUCUUCGGUGAGCUUCUCAUAUUUACCAUGGCCAUGAUGAUCGCCUUCUCCUUCGCCUUGGUCUAUAUCUUCACCGAGGCACUCCAACCGAUCUACGAGUCCAUGAACUUUACACCAUCAGCUGCCGCUUUGCCUUUCCUCGCCGUCGGUGUUGGUGUUUGUUUCAGCACUUUUACUCGCAUUCUCGACUUUCGAAUCAUCGAUGCCAAACACGCAGCGUCUCAACCCGUCAAACCAGAAGAUAAACUGACCGGGCUGGCCAUCGGGGCCCCUGCUUUUGCCAUUGGGCUGUGGUGGUUCGCCUGGACCAUUCCCCCGAAGGCGGAGGAUAUUCAUUGGAUCGUCCCUACGGUCUCCCUUGUGUUGAUUGGGUACGCAUUGAAUGAAUUUGAUACUGUGCUAUAUGGAUAUCUGGCAGAUAGUUAUCUGAGCUAUUCGGCUAGUGGCACGGCGGCGGUACAGCUAGUCCGGGCAGGGAUGUCGGGAGCAUUUCCGCUAUUCACACGGCAAAUGUUCGACGGGCUUGGAGCGAAUGUUGCGGCUUCAUUGUUGGCAGCGUUGGCAACGGUGUUCUGCACCGUGCCGUUGUUGUUUUUGUUGUAUGGGGAGCGGAUCCGAGCGAAGAGCCGGUUCGCGAAGCAUAGCCUGGAGGUCCAGGAGCAAUUUGUCAAGCAAGGUUGA